AUGACGAAAUCUGUUGCUCGUGUUUACACGGAUGUAAACUCCAAACUCGGUCCUUCCUGGCACGAAUAUGACAAUCUUCAAGUCCAAUGGGGCUCCCAAGACCACUACGAGAUUGUGCGGAAAGUAGGGCGAGGGAAGUACUCCGAGGUUUUCGAGGGUAUCAACGUUGUCAACGACGAGAAAUGCAUCAUCAAGGUGCUCAAACCAGUCAAGAAAAAGAAAAUCAAGCGCGAAAUCAAGAUCCUACAGAAUCUCGCUGGGGGUCCGAACAUUGUCGCUCUGCUUGACGUUGUGCGCGAUCCGGCGUCGAAGAUUCCGAGCCUGAUCACAGAAUACGUUCACAAUGUUGACUUCAAAGUUCUGUACCCUCGGUUCACAGACUUCGACGUGCGAUUCUACAUGUUCGAGCUAUUGAAGGCGUUGGAUUACUGUCAUUCGAAAGGCAUCAUGCACCGAGACGUGAAGCCCCACAAUGUGAUGAUAGACCAUGAGCGACGACAGCUUCGACUGAUCGACUGGGGUCUGGCGGAGUUCUACCACCCCAGGACGGAGUACAAUGUCCGUGUUGCCUCACGCUAUUUUAAGGGACCGGAGUUGCUGGUCGACUUCCAAGAAUAUGACUACAGUCUAGACAUGUGGAGUUACGGCUGCAUGUUCGCCUCGAUGAUCUUCCGCAAGGAACCAUUUUUCCAUGGCCACGACAACUAUGACCAAUUGGUCAAGAUUGCCAAGGUCCUAGGCACUGAGGGUUUGUACGCUUACAUCGAGAAGUACGACAUCUCCCUCGAUCCGCAAUACGAUGACAUGCUCCAAAUGUGGCCCAAGAAACCGUGGCAGAAAUUUGUGACGUCAGAAAAUCAGCGAUUUAUCUCGACAGAGGCUAUUGACUUGCUUGACCGGCUUCUGCGGUACGACCACCAGGAGCGGCUCACCGCGAAGGAAGCUCAAGGGCACCCCUACUUUGAACCUGUGAGAAACGCUGCAGCGAGCAACGGUGGCCACGAACCUGCAGCAUAG